CCCGCCGAACCAGACCUUGUCCAGCGCGGGAUUGAAGCGCGCGCGCACCACCAGGUCCACGGGCAGGGCGGUGGCGCCCCGAAAGCGCCGCACGAACUCGCUGACCUCGGCCGAGACGAUCUGCUGCACAUAGCUGUUGCCCGUGAAGGCCUGGCUCAUGCGCGUGGCGUCCACGUUCAGCUGCAGCUCGGGCGCGCGGCCCGCCAGCACGUCGCGCUGGAAGUUGGGCGGGAUGUUGAGCACGAAGGUGUAGGUGCCCGAGUCCAUGCCCGGGUCCAUCUGCGUGCGGUCGAUCAUGGCCGGCGGCGCGAACUGCGGCGGAUAGAAGGCGCCCGCGAUGCGCUGCGACAGCGGCGAGCCGUCCUCGUCCACGAUGGCGAUGGGCGCGUUGUGCAGGCUCUCGGGCAUGGCCGUGGCCGCCGUGUAGAUGGAGACCGUGAACACAUAGGCGAUGAGCACCAGCAGCACGGGGUCGCGCCACAGGCUCCACAGCUCCUUGACGCCCAGCCGGUAGAUGUUGGAGAAAAGGCGGGUGCGCAUCGCAAUGGCCAGGCCCAGGAUCGCCGGCACGGACAGCAGCAGCGGCCCGAACGAGCCGGCCAGCUCCCGAAAUCCCAGCGCCUUGCUGAACACGCCGCGGCUGAUGGCGAUCAUGUGGCUGGCCGGAUAGACCUCGCCGAUGGCGCGGCCCACGCCCUCCAGCGAGGACACGGGAUCGACCAGGCCUGCGAACUGCGUGGUGGGGAUCAGCGUGCCGAUCAGCACCAGGAACAUCGAGGCGAUCUGGCUGCGCGUCAGCGUGGAGGCCAGCAGGCCGAAGCCCGUGGAGGCGCCGCUGAAGAUCAGCGCCGCCAGGGCCAGCGUGGCAAAGCUGCCCGUCACGGGCACGCCGAACAGGGUGACGGCCAUCAGGCACAUCAGCAGGAAGUUCAGCAUGGCCAGCACCACAUAGGGCAGUUGCUUGCCCAGCAGGAAUUCGGUGCGCGUGACCGGCGUGACGUAGAGGUUGGUGAUGGAGCCGCUUUCCUUCUCGCGCACCACGGCCAGCGCCGUCAGCAUGGCGGGCAAAAGCAGCAGCAGCAGGGGCAUGACGGCCGGCACCAUGGCCGGCAGGCUGCGCACGUCGGGGUUGUAGCGAAAGCGCGUCUGGAUGUCGAUGAGGCCGGCCGGCGCCACGCCCAGGCGCUCGCGCGCCUGCUCGGUCAGCCAGUGCUGGUGGAUGCCCUGCAGGUAGCCGCGCACGGUCUCGGCGCGCGUGGGCAUGGCACCGUCGAACCAGGCGCCCACCUGCACGGAGCCGCCGCGCAGCACAUCGCGCGCAAAGCCCGGGGGGAUCUCGAUGGCCAGGGUCAGCUCGCCGCUGCGCAUGCGGCGGUCCAGUGCGUCGUAGUCGGUCAGCGGCGGCUGCUCGAUGAAGUAGC